GGUUAUUUCUUCAAUGCCAACAACCCGUACAGAGACUGGCCCAGUGCCUUCGCUGAGGGGCAGGAGAAAGCUCGGGAGGGAGACCUGAACGCCGCCGUCCUGCUGCUGGAGGCCGCCAUCCUCCAGGAUCCGCAGGACUCUGAGGCCUGGCAGGUUUUAGGAAUGACGCAGGCUGAGAACGAGAACGAACAGGCCGCCAUCGUGUCGCUGCAGAGGUCAGACUUCCUGUUGUUUCCACUAUUCACAGGAAGGUUACUGAGGUACACCUGCGCCCCUGCAGGUCAGACAG